ACGCAACGACUCAUCAUAUGAUGGCUUUGGUGCAGUAUUCGGAUUCCGAGUCCGAAGAAGAUCCUUCACAAAGUGAAAUACCCCCAAGACCAGUCAAGAGACUGCGUCAAGAAAGCACUGCCACCCCAGUCUCAGCCCUCCCCCCAUUACCCAAAGCCUUCCACGAUCUAUAUGCGUCAAGCACUCGUAUUAGUGUAAAGGAUGACCCAAGCCUCCAUGGCGGCCGUAAAAGGGUCAUUCCGCACGUUGAAGGGAAUUGGCCUACUCAUAUAUAUUUAGAAUGGUAUCCAUCCAAAGAAGAGCUGGCCACAUUGGGCAAGGCUAUAGCGCAGAUUAAGAGAAAGCUUAGAGAGAGUAAAGUGGAGCUUAAUAGCUUGCUACGAAGUGAUCUUGGCGCACAACUCCCUCUGCAUAUCAGCCUCUCGAGGCCGGUAGUUCUUCGGACAGAACAGAGAUUUUCAUUUUUGGAGACUUUUCAAUCAGCUAUCCGAGGCUCCAAUAUAAGGGAGUUCAAUGUUGCAACAGAUGGCUUGCACUGUGUACCCAAUUACGAAAAGACACGGUGGUUUUAUGUUUUUCGCCUAAAAAGGCCAGAAAAUGACGCUCUGAACCGCCUCCUCGGACUCUCAAAUCGGUCCCUAGCUCUAUUUGGCCAGCCGCCGCUCUACGAGGCUUCACCGCAUGUCUCAAGUGCAGAUGCAGACUCCAGUGGCCCCAUGCAACCGCGGCGAAACGAAGCCAAUGGACGAACCGAUUUCCCAGAUUACUCCCACUGCUUUCAUAUCUCUCUCGCAUGGAGCCUGACGGAACCCUCCGCCGAUGAGAGGAAUCAGAUCGCGAAUAUGGUUCUCCAAGAUCUAUGUGGCCUUAGCGUUCGCUUUGACUGCGUGAAAGCCAAAAUUGGCAACAAUAUAACAAGUAUACCACUUCCUACUGGAAUGAUUGGUUAAGUUAGAAUCGGAAGAUUUUCAUGUGUCCUGUGACAUGCGAACAAAAUUGAUCGAUGCCUUGCAGAGAACUACUAGUGCAAUUGGAUUGGAUUCACGACCAACUGUGGAGAUCAGCUGAUUAGUUAAUGGUAUAUAAACAUAUCUGUGCAUAACUGUGGAGUAGUCCGGUGCUCUGGAGGCUAACUUGUACUGAUUCCAUUGGCCAUACCCCGUACAUCCCUUCAGUCUCAAACUUUAUCCAAGGAAACGGUAGAAAAAAAAUCUCUUUACGAUCAGCCGAGCAAAA